ACCCGCUUCGACACCGACCUCAAGAUCAUCGUCGAUGAGUACGACGGCUCCUGCAGCAAUGAACUCUACAGCGCCGCCCAGGCUUACCUCGGCAGCCACUGCCUCGACGACGCCCGCGUCGUCCGUCUCGCCAAGCGCCACGACUGCCCCCUCCCUCCUCCCCUCCUACCACACCACCCACGACUCCUUCCAAGGCAUUCCCCUCCAGUGGAGCUCCGUCGUGGAGCGCGCCUCUGCCUCCUCUUCCCCCAUCCGCAGCAGCUCCCUCUCUUCGGACCACCGCUACCUCGAGCUCUCCUUCCACAGCCGCCACCGCGAGGCCGUCCGCUCCCAGUACAUCCCCCACGUCCUCCCGGAGGCCGAGCGCAUCCGCCUCCGGGCCCGGGAGCGCCGCCUCUACACCAACCGCUCUGUCGUCUUCGGCGACGACCACCGUAACCCCUGGUCCCCCGCGCCCUUCUCCCACCCCUCCACCUUCGACACCCUCGCCAUCGACCCGGUUCUCCGCGACGACCUCCUCCGGUUCGUCAGCCGCCGGAACUAUUACUCCCGCGUCGGCCGCGCCUGGAAGCGGGGCUACUUCCUCUACGGUCCGCCCGGGACGGGCAAGACCAGCCUCGUCGCCGCCAUCGCCAACCUGCUCGAGUUCGACGUGUACGACCUAGAUCUCACCGCCCUCCGCCGCCUCCUCGUCUCCACCAACCCCAAGUCCGUCGUCGUCAUCGUUUGUACAGCCUCGUCAACUUACUAAAACAGCCUUUGCUCCCUUCGUAGA